UCGUAGCCAUUCGCUGACAUUUCUAUCCGGAUGAAAAAAAUCCUUAUAAGGUGUUGGUUUUUAGUUGCAAAAUUAGUUUGUAUGCUUUAGCGUUUGUCCAUGAGAUACGAAGAUCUACUACUCGAGUAAUUUUAAACGUUUUAUUCGAGGGGGUUUAGAUGAACUUACCGUAGACGUCCAAAUAGAGGCGCACAGCAAUUUAAAGGGCUCUGAAUUUGACUUCGGUAAAAUAAAAAAAAGCACUGCUGCUGAGAGUGAGUUUGAGGGGAUAACAAAUGUCGGGGACAAAAAGCAUCGUGGAAAGACACUCAUUUUCAUGAGUACUUCCCACAUGGGGAACAUUACAUAACAGCCUCCGAUCGGCAGCCGGGAGAGCAGCCUGCCGAGUGCUUGGAGAUGAAGUCCAAGAGAGUCGGACCUCCAGACGGGGGGUACGGCUGGGUGGUGGUCGCUUCAGCCUUUUUUGCUAUGGGCCUUACCGGAGCUGUCCUCAAAAACAUCGGCCUCUUCUUCCUGGAUAUCCAGAGUCACUUUGGAGUCCUGACCAGCACUACCUCGUGGGUUUCUUCCACAACUAUUGCUAUGUUUCAUAUAGGAGCUCCAGCAGCCAGUGCACUGACGUUAAGGUUUUCUCAGAGAGUGGUCAUCGUACUUGGAGGAGUUUUGUGUACUUUGGGGAUGUCGCUGGCCUCUCUGGACAUCAAUCUGCCUUGGCUCUACCUCACUUUGGGUGUCCUACAAGGAACAGGUAUCUCAUUCUCAUGGGUUCCUGCUAUCAGCAUGGUGAAUCACUACUUUUCAAGAUGGCGCCCCAUUGCCUACGCCAUCGCCAGCUCAGGGGAGUGUGUCUUUGCCAUCGUUUUCAGCCCGCUAUUCAAGUGGCUCAUCGAGAUGUACAGCUGGCAGGGCGCGUUGCUCAUCAUCGGAGGCCUUCAGUUCAACCUGUGUGUUUGCGGCGCGCUCAUGAGGCCCCUGGAGGCAACUCGAGCUCCACACAUGAACCUCAAAGAGAGCGCAGAGGACAGUGCUGCUGCGCUACCACCAAAGAAGAAGGCAGUCUUCCAGUGCGGCCUGCUGAAAAAACCCGAACUUCUUCUCUACAUCUUGUUUGCAAUCUUUGCAGCCGCCGGGUUUUUCACCCCGACCCUCUUCCUGGUUCCUUUUGCCAAUAGCUUGGGGAUCGAUAAGUACUGGCCAGCAUUCAUCCUGUCUGUCAUGGCCGUCGCCGACCUGGCCGGCAGGCUGUUUUGUGGCUGGCUGGCUAACAUGAGGCUUCUGAGGAACCUGCAGCUGCUCACCAUCGUUACGAUGCUGCUGGGGGUCGUGCUGCUCCUGCUGCCCAUCAGUCACAACUACUGGUCCGUUCUGGUGUUCGCCUCGAUCUACGGCUUCCUGUUUGGCUGCAUGGUUGCCAUUCACGUCACCUCCAUCGUGGACAUUGUGAGUUUGGAGGGCUUUGACAGCGGACUGGGGCUCUUCAUGCUGUUCAGGAGCAUCGGAGGCUUUCUCGGGCCGCCUGCUGGAGGCUGGUUGGUGGACAAAGCGAACAACUUCAGCGCCGCCUUCUCCCUCUCAGGCUUCUGCCUUGUUACAUCAGCCGUGUUUGUCGUCGUGGUUGACCGCCUCAUCCAGAGGAGGAAAUCUGUGGAGGCCGCCGGCCAUCAGACGAUCCACUACCAGGGCGACGGCGAAACGGGGAAAAUCGAAGGACUCAUCAUUGCACAAGAAUCUUAACUUAAGCCCAGUGUUUGAAGACUGAGCGGACGCAGGACGAGUUAAACAAAUGUUGGAGUGUUUGUGUUUGGAUAGUUUGUGAGAUUAAUUUUCUAUACACCUGCAAAAAAAAAAGAAAAACCACACACUUCAUAUGAUUUACCUGAAAGUAGACCAAAGGAUUAAACACAAAACACGGCAGUUUUUAAAAAGUAUCUGAGUGGGAAAAAUCUAAAUCUUCCCAGUGAAGAUUCACAUCAGCUUGGAGGAGUUUUAAUUUAGGUUUUAUUUUGCUCAAACAAAUGUUUAUAACACAUUUAAUCUCCUCUUCCAGCUCGAUUACAGUCAAAACUUUGAUUUGGUUGUUUUAAAGCUUUUCUUCUUUUUUCCAUUAUUGCCGUUGGAGGACAAUGUAGGAAACGUUUAGGGAUGAAAUUCAUCACCACGUUAUGCUGCUAAAUUAACCUAAGCAACGACGCUGCCACCAACAUGUUUUAUACACGUUUAUGCUGGAAUGUGCUGUUUUCUUUUCCUCAAAUAAAUAUGCAGUACAUUUUAUAUGUUUUUUUUGUAUCUGAUCUUAAAUAAACUGAGGACAGUCAGUCAUUUACUGAGCAGCAGCUUUCCAAAUCGUUUUUGUUAUUCUUACAGGGAUGAACUAAUGCUCUGCAAUUGUCUUUUUAUUUAAAAAAAUAAAUAAACAUUUUAU